CAGCGGCUCCGGUAGCCCCGGCACCUGCCGCGGCCCCCGGCUGGGGUCACGGGGCGCAGCGCCGAGCGACGGGGGGCGGGCGCCAGGAGCGCGCCCGGGAGCCGGCGGCCGCGCCCCUCCCCUGGAAGCAGCUGGCGGGGGGGACACGGGCAGCUCCGCCUUCGCGGCUCACUCGCCUGCAGCGCGGGGCAGGGACUUCUCCGAGCGCGGGAACUCUGCGGGGAGCAGGGCCGCGCCGCUGCCGUCUCCUUAGCCCGGGGGUUGGAGGACGGAGCCGGGCUGACUUGCCUGCUGGCUCCCACCGCAAGCGGGAUGGGCGCGGAGCCCCGCCCCGCCAGCAGCCGGGCGCCGUGAGCCCCGCCGCUGCACAGACCCCGCACGCAGCUCUGCGGGGUGGCGGGACCCCAUGAGCCUCCCUCGGCCGGAGCUGCUCCUCGGCCCGGCGGCUGCGGCGGGGGGGUGCCCCGGGACGGGCGGGCCGUCAUGCCGGGCAACGGCAGCGGGCAGCUGGGCAACGCCACCGCGCCGGGAGCGGCGCCCGGCUACAACUUCGCCGCCUUGGUCUUCGGCGUCUUGCUCAUCCUCUGCGUCCUGGGCGGGAACCUACUGGUCUGCCUGAGCGUCUGCUCCGAGCGCGCCCUCAAGACCACCACCAACUACUUCAUCGUCAGCCUGGCCGUGGCCGACCUGCUGCUGGCCCUGCUCGUCCUGCCCCUCUACGUCUACUCCGAGUUCCAGGGAGGAGUAUGGGCCUUGAGCACGGGUCUGUGUGACGCACUGAUGACCAUGGAUGUGAUGCUGUGCACGGCCUCGAUCUUCAACCUCUGUGCUAUCAGCGUGGAUCGGUUCAUCGCCGUUUCCAUCCCGCUGAACUACAACCGGCAGCAGAUCGACUUGCGGCAGCUGAUCCUCAUCUCCACCACUUGGAUCUUUGCUUUCGCCGUGGCAUCCCCGGUCAUCUUCGGCCUCAACAACGUCCCAGACAGGGACCCCACCUUGUGUCAGCUGGAGGACAACAACUACAUUGUUUACUCCUCCAUCUGCUCCUUCUUCAUCCCCUGUCCAGUCAUGCUGGUCCUCUACUGUGCCAUGUUCCAGGGACUCAAGCGGUGGGAGGAGGCCAGGAAAGCCAAGCUGAAGAGCAGCGUGUAUGCGGGCGGCCGGAAGCUGGGCUGCCCACCUCCCCUCCUGGAGAGGAAGCAGGCGGAGAUCAAGCUGCAGGAGUGCAGUCUGUAUGACCGCUCCGAGUGCUCUUUCCCCAGGGGGCGCUUUCCUCUUCUGCUGGACACCCUUCUUUGUAGUACACAUAACAAGAGCCCUGUGCAAAUCCUGCACCAUCCCCAGUCAGGUCAUCAGCAUUGUCACCUGGCUGGGCUACGUCAACAGUGCCCUUAAUCCCAUCAUCUACACCAUCUUCAACACAGAGUUCAGGAAAUUCUUCCGCAAAGCUUUGCACGUCUUCUGCUGAGGUUGGCGCCUGCUGGAGUCGGGGAGGAACUAAAGCACAAGGCACAGCAGGGAGUAACGAUGACCCAGUGGGUUUUUUUUGUAUAGCUCA